AGACGGGACAUGUACGCAGUCUAGACUUGGUUGACGAUCGAAUCAUUCGGUGCUGGAGAGAGAAGAAGUCGUGUUCGGAUUGGACUUCAGAAGAGGCUGUCAGUAUUCAAAACGAAUUGGGGGAACACAUGGAGAGCAUUGUCACGGGGAAGUUCGGAUCUACCAAAGAUGCUUGGGAGAUGGGCAGAUUGAUCAACAACGCAGUCACAGUGGCAUGGCUAAGAGAUCUCGUCUUUCAAAUUUGUCUUACCCACGGGUUGAUAGAUCCCGCAUCUCCUGAACCCGCUCUUCGUCCCACGUUAGUCCUCAACAAUCUCCGUUUAGCCAUCUUAUCUCCCCGUUGUAAAACCUAUAUCCAACAAGUCGCCAGUUCAGACUUCAGUAGCGAUACGUUCGGUAAGCUGUACGAUAUCACCAUGACCGCCAUCAGAACGGCCGAGGUCCUCAAAGCCCAACGACUUGGACAGGGGUCGGGUUUACUUCAUGAAAAUAUUCCAUCGACUGCGAGUUCUUCUGGCGGAGGCCACCGAUCGUCCGAUGGUCUAUCGCAACCACGCGGUCCUGGGGAUCAUGACAUCAUUUGGGAUUUUGCAGAUGUCAUCCUCAAGUCAAUGGGGAUUCUUUGCAUGGCGGCAAGAGAUCACCCCGCUCUCGUUCGCUUAGUUCACGCCGUGGCCCGAAUCAUCUAGGGCUUGUCUCAGGCUGUGAUCAUACGGUAGAUCAGCUGACAGAUACGUCUAGCCGGAACGAGCGAUCAUGCAACUCCUUUCCUCCCCC